CUCAUUCACAUAUGGGAUAACAAAAACAAGCAUAAAGGCAAUAACAACAACAUCACUCGACAAACAUCGUUUGGGGUUACGGUACGAGUUCAUGGCACAUCACAAGCGGUCGCUUUGCGUGUAUUGGACAUUGCCAUCAAUUCUUUUGAGCUCCUUUCUAGCAUUAUGGAAAUUCCAUUGCCGUUGAAUAAGAUCGAUUUCAUCCUGAUCCCCGACUACGAUGGAGGAAUGGAAAACUGGGGUCAUGUACUGCUUUCGGAAAAUCUCGCCACCUAUGGAGAUGAUGCCCAUUUGACCUACGUCAUCGCCCAUGAACUGGCCCACCACUGGAUCGGGAAUCAAGCUACGGUAGACAGUUGGAGAUGGAUUUGCUUGCAGGUAUGCGAAGAAUAGAU